AUGACUCUUCAUGAAGAGAAGCCGAGCCUUACAGCUUUACGUGCAUCUGAAAAUCAGAGAAAUCCUAGUGAUCGUCGGGUCCCUUGCGAUCAAAAUAUAACUCUCGAUCCAGAGAAGCGCAACGAUGUCUACCCAGGCUUUCCUCAGUUUGAGCAACCCGGUGCUAUGGUCAAUGCAGGAUUCCUUGGCGAGAGCGCUACUCCUUCAAGAGUGACAGCGAGCGAAGGAGACCCGUGA